UGCUUGUAUUGAAAUGGUUUUCUAUAUGUGUACAGUUAUGAAUAAAAAUAUUUAGAAUAAAAUAAGCGUGACAUCCAGGAUUUUAAACAAGUGGGACAUGUUCAUGGACUCUUUGCAGGCUACUUAAUUUAUUAAGUAUUAGGCUACUUAAGACAUUAAUUUAUGAUCACUUUUCAUCAAUUUAAAACAUCCUUGCUAAAUAAAAGGAUCAUGUGACACUGAAGACUGGAGUAAUGACGCAAAAUACAUGUUUAAAUAGAUAGUAACGAUUUUGCUGUGUUUUGGAUCAAAUAAAUGCAGGCUUGGUGAGCAGAAGAGAAUUCUUUCAAAAACAUUAAAAAUGUUCAAAAACUUUUGACUGGUAGUAGACAAAAAAAAAAAAGUGUUCAGCUACAGAUAUUGCAACAAAAGAAGUUACAACACUUCUAGGUGUCGUGUCUCCUGAUAAAAGUAUGAUUGCUCAAUAUAACUAAGUAUAUAAAAUGAAAAUAAAAAAAAAUCAAGAUUAAAAAAGAGUUUCAAACAAAUGUUCAAAAAACACAUGCAACCAGAAAAUUACGCUCUUUCUUGCAUUACUUUAUAAUACACCUGCCACGUUUCUCAUGAAAUUAUGCUGCACACACACAAAAGGCGCUGAAAUGAGCGCUAUUACUCAAACACGCCCCCCGCCCUUUUCUCUCCCUGCUGCUGUAAGAGAGGGAAGUAAACGUGAAGUUGUCUGUUUCCAUCACUGAGCUGACUUUUAUGCGAGGACCUGGUGUUUUUGACCGAACGGAGCCACCAAACGAAUUCACAUGAACGUUCGGGUUUUCGGCGAAACAUUUACCAACGUCGAGCCAAAUGAACCGUCCGCACCUGCUGAAAGCGUUUUCUUCUGGAACGUUUUGGUUCUGCUGCUGUACGAGCGAGGCCUGAAGAAGCGGUAGGAUGUCAAGUGGUACAGAUGAUGCCGACCUGUAUCCCCACAUACGUGUUUGGGCAGCGGGAGUUUCUUUGAUCAUUUUGGCUUUUUUCAACUUGAUCAUCAACUGGACGAUAGUGCGCGAGGAGCGCCUGCGGAGCCAUGCGCGCUUCGUCCUCGUGUUCCACUUGUUGUUCUCCGCGCUGGUUUACUUCGCGGUAUGCUUUAGCUUCUACUUACAAAACUACCUGAAAGCAGCGACCACGGCAACCGUGUGCAUGGUGCUGAUCAGAGGUCUGAUGACAAGCGGGUCCAAUAUCAUCCUCACCAUCACGGCGAUGGCACUGGACCGUUACUUUGCCAUUUGUUACCCGCUCCACUAUAGCAAAGUUUGUUUCAAACCCUGGCCGUGGCUCAUCGGGGUCCUAACGUGGGGACUCGCUUCGAUUAUCCCUCUCACCCUGUCGCCCAAAAUAGAAAACGGCACUGUGGCCUGUGGAAGGAAAGCUUUGCUGCAAGGAGGAGAAAUGCACAAGAUUGUUUUAAUAUCAAUUUGUACUAUUCUUAUCGUGUACAGCUAUGUACGGAUCUUAUAUGAGGGGCGUCGUCUGGGUGUGUUGAACCGGCGCAACCGAGCUGCGUGUAGGACUAUCGCUCUCCACGGCAUGCAGCUCGCCGUCUACAUCCUCCCCAACUUCAUUCUGUUUUUGCUGCAUAUCCUUAAAAGCCGAAAGUUACUCGAGAGUUCCACAAAAGAGCUUUUUGCUGUCAUAAGUUUUGCCUUCUUCAGUCUGGCGCAGUGCAUCGCGCCGAUAGUCUACGGACUGCGUAAAGAGGAACUACUGGAACAUCUUAAUCACAGGUUCCCCUGUUUAUCCGGACGGUUGAAACGCAUUUUGGAGUGGACUGUCAACAUCGCGCAUCCCAGUCGGCGUCGCCAGCAAAGGGAGCGGAGAAUGACUUCAGAGACUUUAUUAUCAAGAGAAAUCUCACAGACGACUGUGUGACAUCUUUGGAUUAAGAGACAGACCUGAUGCUGAUUUCUUCAAAUGGGAUAUUUACUUACAGAGACUUGGAAUCCAUCAGAUGUGCUGCAUCUUUGAAACUGAGAAUACGUAUGACUUUUAGAAAACUGAGAUGAUUGGUGUUUUAAAGCCAUAAAUUACAGCAGCUACACAAUGUUCAGGAAUUACUUUUGCCAAAUGGAGAGCAAAACACCUAUUCAACUGUGAUUUUUAUAUUAACAAUAUUAACUGUAAAUAGUACCGUGACUUAUUGUCAUGCGAACAGGUAACACAUAUGUGGCAAUAAUCUGAAUUCUUGUUUUUCUAAAAGCGGCACCAGUCUCUUGUAGUAUUCUUUGCUUUGGCAAAACAACAGUAUUUUGCAGUCAUAUAUAUAAGCUAAUGGACCCAUGUAAAGAAACUAAAACUUAGACUGUGAAACAGGUUUAAUUAAAAGUGGUGACACUGAAAGAUUUGUAGUAUUUGAUAUACUAUGUAUGUAACCACAGCAUCCUGAGUUGUCAAAGACACACUGGUUUAAUAAGGUCACUAACGUUCUUUUACAAUUUCCUGUAAACGGUCUCUACAAGACAUACUGCAUUCAGAAACUAAUGCACUGCUGAAAGGACAAAGCAUGAUUCUGUGAGAUUUCAAGUGUGAACAAAGAGUGAAUAUUUAUAAUUAUGUCAGGCUGACGCAGCUAUAUUGUCUUUUUGUAUGCUUCAUAAGUAAUUAAAUGCUGUAUGGGAGAUGCCCCAGAAAAUGAAAGAAGGGAAUAUAUCAUUUAAGAUGGUGUUACAAAAACAUCCAGUGGGAGGACUGAAUGUCGCAUCUCUUGCAAGCAUCACAAAUCUGUGUAAUUUUUAAAUUACAGUAUUUUAUAUGGUGUUGCCCUUUGUAAUAAAGACCUUUUAUAAUUACGUUAACGUCAUAAUGCUAUUUUAGUACUUGAGUAAUUAAGGUUAGUUAAACUCAAAAGAGUUUCUAUUUUAGUUAUGAGAACAAACUUCUCUGUAAGACAUUUCACAUUAAAACCAUGGGAACAACUGAUGUUUAAGUUUUAUAUGUAAAACCACUACACAAAAAUGUUAACCAACAAUGACAAAUUGAAAACAUUUGCAAAAUGCUAGCAGCUGGACCGGAUAUUAGGCUGAGGUUUGUUGUCGAAAAUGCUUCAGUCAGAGCUUUUAACACUCUUCAAAGCAGACUAGGUCUUACCAUUGGUUAAUAUUAUUCAGCUUUUUUUUUUUUUUUUAAUUAGGCUUGAUUACAUACAUAAAAAAACCCU